CGUUGCAAUCGAAACUUGGUGCUCCAAUAACCGAUACCGAUGUACCUCUCUAUACCGCUCUUAAGACAAAUUUGGAUUCUAUUACUCCUGAACUUACUUGUUCAAGAUGCGUUGAAGUUGUGAAUAAUUUUAAUAGAAGUGAUAUCCCGAUUACACUUGGAAAUAUUGUCCAUAAUAAAGAAUGGAAAGAGGAGGAAUCAAACUUAUUAGAGGAGAUUUGGAAUAAUCCGGCUUUUGCAACCAGCGAAAUACGAAGUACUCAAAGUGAAGGAACAUAUGUAACAGAU